CCUACAGAUUCCACAAGAGUAAAGAUGCUAAAUGAUAAUCAGCUUACUCGAGCCUAUCCGAUGCUUGCAACUUGGACUUAUGGCAAACCUUCGGGAAUUGUAAUGGAAGCUAAUAUUUCACCAACAGUUCUUGAUAACUACACUGCUGUGACUGUUUACCGGGUGACAACAGUAGUGCAACCCCCUUUUGUGAUGAAAGAAGAAUACGCUGACGGAAGACCUCCUAAAUACUAUGGAUAUUGUAUCGAUCUGAUUGACGAAAUCAAGGAAAUACUGAACUUCGAUUACAACAUUACCGAAGCUCCAGACAAAAUGUUUGGGGCCAUGAACGAAAAGAACGAGUGGAACGGAAUGAUUAAGCAGUUAAUAGAUCAGAAAGCGGACAUUGCUUUGGCUCCCCUGUCUGUCAUGGCUGAAAGAGAGACAGUAGUCGACUUCACUGUGCCUUAUUACGAUCUUGUGGGGAUCUCCAUCCUAAUGAAAAAGCCGCAAGUUCCAUCAUCGCUCUUCAAGUUCUUGACUGUAUUGGAAACGAACGUAUGGGGUUGUAUUUUGGCUGCCUAUUUUUUCACAAGUUUACUAAUGUACCUGUUUGACAGACUGAGUCCGUACAGCUUUCACAACAACGCGGAGAAAUAUAAAGACGAUGACGAAAAGCGAGACUUCAACAUCAAAGAGUGCAUGUGGUUUUGUAUGACAUCGCUGACCCCUCAAGGAGGUGGCGAGGCUCCACGAAAUCUUUCUGGUAGACUAGUGGCAGCCACCUGGUGGCUGUUUGGUUUUAUCAUCAUUGCUUCCUAUACUGCUAACUUAGCUGCGUUUUUAACGGUGUCUCGUUUGGAUUCUCCUAUCGAGUCACUGGACGACCUGGCUAAGCAGUACAAGAUAAAGUACGCUCCUCAAAAAGGAACUUCGUCCAUGACCUACUUCGAGAGGAUGGCGCAUAUUGAGGAAAAAUUCUACGAGAUUUGGAAAAAUAUGUCUCUGAACGACGACCUCAAUGACACCGAACGGGCUAAAUUAGCCGUCUGGGACUACCCUGUCAGUGACAAGUACACCAAGAUUUGGUGGACAAUGCAAGAGACUGAGAUGCCAACUUCGUUUGAAAUAGGAGUUCGUAGAGUAAAAGAGUCCCAAGGAUCUCAAGAAGGAUUUGCGUUUAUAGCUGACUCCACGCAAGUGAAAUACGCCACAAUGACAAACUGUGACUUAGAAGAAAUUGGAAAUGAAUUCAGCCGUAAACCACUGGCUCUAGCAGUUCAACAAGGUUCCCCUUUGAAAGACCAGUUGUCUAGUGCGAUUCUAAAAUUACUCAACCAGAGGAAACUGGAAGGUUUAAAGGAAAGAUGGUGGAACAAGAAUAAGGAACGUGUGACUUGUGACGACAGUGACCGACAGAGUGAUGGAAUUAGCAUUGGAAAUAUAGGUGGCGUAUUUAUUGUCAUCUUCAUCGGAGUGGUGUUGGCUUGCAUUACCCUAGCGAUAGAAUACUGGUAUUACAAGCAGAAGCGGAUGAACACCAAGGUGGUGGCUAUCAAAGAGUACCCAGGAAAUGAAACGAAGAAAUAUUAGGA